CCAAGGUGAAGAGCUGGAUGAAUACGACAGGCCCAGCAGUAUCAGAGGAGCUCUCGUGUUUCCUGCGGUGACAGGUUUCUCGCUGUUUUGUGAAGAUGAAGCAUGGCAUUCCAACCGGAACUCCAUCAACAAACACAUUGAUUUGGAGCCCAUCUACCAUCCUCUGAGAAGAAGAACAGGAAAUGACAUCACUAACACAGGAAAUGACAUCACCAACCCAAGGAAACCUAACCAGAUAAAUAGAAAGCGGGACAUAACACCAGCUCUUCGUCAGAGGCUUGCUGAUGAUGUUAUCUAGAAUGGUGAUGAAACGUCUGAAAACUAACCUUCCAGCUCAGCGAGCAAACUCACAUCCAGAACCUCAACCUGAGCUACAAAUCUUCUCAAAACUCGCUAAUAUUUGUCCCUUUCAAAUUGCAGCAGAGGAGGAUAUUCAGUGGUUACACCAAAUCAGAACAGGAGAUCACAUCUGCAAAUGAUGGCAAACAAGGAGCUGGAGGAUCUGAGAAAAUGGAAGGAAGCUAACCGGUUCGGUCCAAUCAACUUGACUCCCACACAGUUGGGUGGAAGCAUUUCUGAAGCUGAGGCACGCCAACGACAGCAGAUAAACCUCCGAGACGCCAGGUUCCAAAAAAACGCUAAGAAAGAAGACUAUAAUCGCAAACGGAAAGAAGCUGAAGAGCUCGAAUAUCAGAAGAGGAAGGAGAUUCAGCGAGAAAAAGCCACUAAGCUCCUGGAGAAGCAGAGACAACAGGAGGCACAGAGAAAAACUCAGCUCCAAGCAGAACACCAGCAAGCAAACCAGCAGUUUCUUCAGAGGAUUGAGACCAACAGAUCGUACAGGCAAUCGCCCCUGCCUCCCAACUGCACAGCUCAAACUACAGCCUGGAUCAAGAACUUUAGCUACCGCGAGACUCAGAGGGAGGCCGAGCUGCAGAGACUGCCGGAACACAAAGAAGAACAGAGGAGAAAGAGUGAACUUGCAGCAGAAAAGGUAUCUCGACUGGAAUCUGAAAGACAGCGGUGUCUCCAGGAAGAACACAGGAGGAAAAACCAAAUUUUUUUGGACAAUCUGGAAAGGAGCCGAAAAUCUUUGGAGAAUUUGUCUGGCUCGUCCCCUCCUGUGUCUGAUGAGGAGAGCUUUGAGCCCCAUGCCAACCAAUGUGUCCCUGCAGUGAGGUCACCUGAAGUUCUGACAGAAAUGUACCAAGACAGCUCCAACACUACAAUGGAAGACACAGCCUGCAGAGACUCCCGUGAAGCAGAUAUUGAUUAUGACUGGAAUUUGAUGAAACUCCAGAGCUUUUUCCCUGAUUAUGAAGCAUCAGUUCUUGGAGAUCUCCUGCUACAGUGUGACAGCGACGUUGAGAAAGUGAUCCAGCUUCUACAAGGAACCAACUGAAAUGAAAAGGUGGUGAAAAUGAAAAAUGAACAAGUGGUCCAGCAUCUGUGCAGUCUCCAACCUGAUCUUCUGCUAAAUUCAUCUUCACUCAUACUUCAGUGUCAUUAUUGACUGGAAAUGAUGACUGCCCGUUAUGUGUGUCAUAGGAUAGCCCCUUGGAAGUUGUUCUGACCUUCAUUUAGCUAAUGGCUACUUCUGUUCCAUUUUCCACCUUUUAUCCCGUAUCUUCAAUCUAUAAAACAGACCUGCAGGGGUAAAAUAUUAGUCAUUGCUGGGAAACCAAAUCACAGCCCUAAAUGUUGCCCAUCCCCUUGGGGCUAGGCAAAGGCUAAAACAACAAUGGCUCCUUAAUCCUUUGAACUGAACAUAAAGCCGUAGCCAUUGUCUCUGUUACUGAGGAGUUUGAUCAACUGUGAAGGGUUUCUUACAGAGAGAGUUCGAGGCUGUGAGGCAUCUUACUCACAAGUGUUGCUGAAAUACUGAUUUAAUCAAAGUUGCUGGAAAAGUUCCGGUCUGGCAGCAUCCGUGGAGGAGAAA